UCAGCAUGAGGAAAGGGAGUAGAGAAAUAAAAGCUGUACUCUCCAGCUGUCCUGACCACUAAGGGACAUCAGUGACCAUGAGUGACUCCAAGAAAGUGAGGGAGCCAUCGCUGGGCCUCCUGGAUGAGGAAGAGCAGAUACCUGGGGGCACCAGAUAUUUUGUGAAAGGCUCUGUGCACCAACUGGCUGGUGAUCUCAAGGACGUUGCAGGGGGUCUGAGCCAUGGCCAUGCACUUCAGCUUCUCUCCCUCACCCUCUUCACCCUUCUCCUGCUGAUUGUCCUGGUCAAAGUGUCCAGAUUUCCUGGCUCCCAAGAGCACAUCAAGGAAGACAAGAUCUACCAGGAUCUGACCCAACUGAAAGCUGGAAUUGAAAGCCUAUGCCACCCCUGCCAGUGGGACUGGACAUUCUUUCAAGGAAAUUGUUACUUCUUCUCCGAGAUACAACACAACUGGCACAAUUCUGUCACUGCAUGCCAGGAAAUGGGGGCCCAGCUCGUGGUCAUCAAAAGUGAGGAAGAGCAGAGAUUCCUGCAGCAGGCUUCUAAGAGUAAAGGCCGCACCUGGAUGGGGCUGUCCGACCUGAAACAUGAGGGCACGUGGCACUGGGUAGACGGCUCCCACCUGAUGUUCAGAUUCAUGAAAUAUUGGAAUGAAGGAGAGCCCAACAGUUCUGGGGAUGAAGAUUGUGCAGAAUUUAGAGGUGAUGGCUGGAAUGAUGUGCAAUUCCCUUCUUUGUUGGAGACUGGGACCUUCUAUGUAACAAGGCUGAUCCAGAACUUGGGGAUCUCCUGCUUCAGUAUCCCAUGUGCUGGGAUUACAGGCAUACACUACCAGUUCUCCCCUUUAUUAUUUUUUUUACUCCUUAUCUAAAACUUCUCUUCAUUGAAACAAUCCUUAAUUGAUUGAGAGAUUGAUAUUUGCAAGUCUAUCAUCCACUUCUCUUAUUCUUGGCCAACAAUAAAUUUCUUCCCUGCAACAUGGGUGUUCAG